UAAUCUACGGGGUGAGGUCAUCCGUUGCGCGCCAGACCGGGAGUCCCGAGCGAGCAAACGGAGGAGCAGCCGGAGCCCCGAGAGCGGCUCAAAGAAGCCGGAGGAGCAGCUGGGAGUCAGAGACCGUAGCCUUAGCCAGAGAGCGGCUCGAAGAGCCGGAGGAGCAGGUGGGAGCCAGCGAGCCUGAGGCCCGAGCGCGGCUCUUGGAGCAGGCCCAUCCUGGGCCCCGACAGCGGGCAGCGGCCUAGGCCGUGCCUGGAGACCGAUUCGAUGGGGAAGAAAACGCGAAUCGGCCUGCAACAGAGCCGGCGUCGGCCCAUCCUACAACUGGAGUCCGAUCACAAGAAGGAGGACCGCGGCUCGGGUUCAGAAGAUGAGCAAGAAGAUGGGCCGGAUCAAUUUGUUAAUUCAAGUUCAAGCAAUGCAAAUAAUGGGACAACAAAAGAUACUGCAGUCCGGACCACAGGUGGACUGGGCUUGCUGGGUGCUUACACGGACAGUGACGAUGAGGAUAAUCCUGAUGCUGAGCCCCAGGAGCCAAUGCCCCGGCCCACUAAGCCUGCAGACAUCGACAGCACAUUGGCAAAUUUCAUGGCGGAGAUUGAUGCAAUUACAGCUCCUAUGCCUGUUUCUGAAUCGGCCUCUUCCACUAAGGCACCAGCCCCAACACCCACACCACCUCGGCCAGAACCCAAACUUGUGCCGAAUGCUCAAAAAGCUGCAAACAACCACAAUGACAGUGAAAUGAAUGCUCUGGUGGUGAGCGAUAACAUGACAGCUGAGUGGCACUAUGAUACACAAUAUUCAUUGGCUGGAGUUAAUGUGGAGAUGGGUGACUGGCAAGAGGUGUGGGAUGAGAAUACAGGCUGUUACUAUUACUGGAACAUACAAACCAAUGAAGUGAUGUGGGAACUACCUCAGUACCUGGCCACUCAGCUUCAAGGACUCCAUUACCAGGCCAGUUCCUUGGUCCUGCCUGCUAGUGAAGUGGAGAGCAGUUAUCAACACAUGGGUGUCUAUCACCAUGACCAAACACUGACAAAGCCUGAUGUCAGAAACCUGAAGAAGAAGGAAGUUAACGAAAGUGUAUUUGCACUGACUGUUGAUAAGGAGGAGCGAUCAGGUGUUGCUGCAUCCUUGCUGGCACCGCUCAUCCCUGAGGAAGUGAAGAAAGCAGAGGAAAAGUGGCGGAAGAAAUUGAUUUGCCAGGAAGAACCAGAAGAGGUGGUGGUGGAGAAGGAGGAAGAGAAGGAGGAAGAGAAGGAGGUGGUGGAGGAGGAGGAAGUCAUGGAGGAGGAGGAGGAAGAGAAGGAGGAGGAGGAAGAGGAGGUGGUGGAGGAGGAGGAGGAGGAGGAGGAGGACGAGGAGAAGGAUGCUGGUGGGGACACUGUGCACGCCGAAGAAGCCCCUCCGGAGGAUCAGCAGACCUUGGACCCCUCCCAGGAGAGUGUGGAGGAUGAGGAGGAGGGGGUGGAAAAAGAGGAGGAGGAGGAGUAUACACGAGAGCUGGAACUGGUGCUGGAGAGAAAAAAGGCAGAGCUGCGAGCGCUGGAGGAGGGUGAUGCCAAUGGGUCGAGUCCACGGUCUGAUUGCAGCCAGGUUAUGGUGCAGGAUGGGCAGGUGUCCGAGAGCAGUAAGCAUGUCCACAGGAAGGGGAAGUGGCAGGCACUUGCUCGCACCUUCAGUCCUGAAUCUGCUAGUCGUGAUUUAAACAACCUGGAACAGGAUACUACCCCGGAAGAAGUGCAUUCCACAGAACCUGCUCCUGAGAAACCCAACAGCGAUGCUGAAGAAGGUGACGUGGACCUUGAAGAGUCUGCAGAAAACGCGGCAGCUGCGCCAAAACCACCUCCAGAGGAAAAGGAUGAUGAAUGUGAACUGAAGAUUUUUGAUCAGUUUCAGAUUGCUGAACUGGCAAACACUCUCUCCAGUAAACUGGAAUUCCUGGGAAUUAGCAGACAGUCUAUCUCCAACUUUCACUUCCUGCUGCUCCAGAUCGAGACUCGAAUAUCAGACUGGCGAGAAGGAGCACUGAAUGGCCAAUAUCUCAAACGUAAACUGCAGGAAGCUGAUUUACAGAUUAAACACUAUGAAUCUAAUGCAUCCCCAAAAGGCUGGUCCUGCCAUUGGGACAGGGAGCACCGGCGGUAUUUCUAUCUCAAUGAACAGACGGGCCAAUCGCAGUGGGAGUUCCCAGACGUGGAAGAGGAGGAGGAGGCAGCCGAGAGUACAUCGAGGCUGACUGGUGACAAAAAUAUGCUCAGUGCUCCAGUGGGAGAGAGUGCAGAUCCCACAAAUGCAGAGCUAUCUGCGGGUCAAGGUUCUGCAGGAACUGCUGCCCAGCCACCCCCACCCCCUCUUCCUCCUCAACCCCCCCUUCCUUGGAUCUCCCGCCCCCACCCCCACCUCCACCUUCCUCCCCUCCACCCCCACCCCCACCCCCACCCCCCCCUCCUCCUCCCCCUCCAAGUGAUGACGGCGACAUACAAGAAGUGGAGAUGGAAGUGGAGAGCAAAGAGCCGCCAGCACCAGGAACAGAAGAUGAUUGUUUGGAAAGACCCCUUCUCUCCAUCGUUCCGGUUACAACAGCCCAGCCUCCAGCAGUAAAGAGUAAUUCUGCUUCGAGCACUCCUUCUAAUCCACCAGCCUCGGGUCAAGCGGGCAAACCUGGCAAGCGGAAAGCAGCAGUGCUGACUUCCCUGGCAAUGCCACGGAACAUCACCAUUGGAAGCAAUCCUGUCCUCUACAGUCAGUCAGCCAUGCUCGCAGGGCCACAGAUGCUGGCCACUAUGAUGUCUGUUCCUCAAAUGCUCCAGCCCAUGCCUGCCCCGAGACCUCUUCUCCUGCCCAGACAAACCCACCUAGUGCGGAUACCACGCCCUAUUCCACCAAAUCAAAUACCAGUCGCGCCAGCUAUUCCGCAGCCUCCACAAGUACCAGAGGUGCUCCCAGCUCCCGCAGUGGCUCAAGCAACCGAGAAGAG